AUGAAUCAAACACAUGGACAACAGUCAGAGCACCAGAGUCUGCUGGGUCCUAAAGAGUCAGAACACCAGAGUCUGCUGGGUCCUAAAGAGUCAGAACACCAGAGUCUGCUGGGUCCUAAAGAGUCAGAACACCAGAGUCUGCUGGGUCCUAAAGAGUCAGAACAGCAGAGUCUGCUGGGUCCUAAAGAGUCAGAACACCAGAGUCUGCUGGGUCCUAAAGAGUCAGAACACCAGAGUCUGCUGGGUCCUAAAGAGUCAGAACACCAGAGUCUGCUGGGUCCUAAAGAGUCAGAACACCAGAGUCUGCUGGGUCCUAAAGAGUCAGAGCACCAGAGUCUGCUGGGUCCUAAAGAGUCAGAGCACCAGAGUCUGCUGGGUCCUAAAGAGUCAGAACACCAGAGUCUGCUGGGUCCUAAAGAGUCAGAACACCAGAGUCUGCUGGGUCCUAAAGAGUCAGAACACCAGAGUCUGCUGGGUCCUAAAGAGUCAGAACACCAGAGUCUGCUGGGUCCUAAAGAGUCAGAACACCAGAGUCUGCUGGGUCCUAAAGAGUCAGAACACCAGAGUCUGCUGGGUCCUAAAGAGUCAGAACACCAGAGUCUGCUGGGUCCUAAAGAGUCAGAACACCAGAGUCUGCUGGGUCCUAAAGAGUCAGAACACCAGAGUCUGCUGGGUCCUAAAGAGUCAGAACACCAGAGUCUGCUGGGUCCUAAAGAGUCAGAGCACCAGAGUCUGCUGGGUCCUAAAGAGUCAGAACACCAGAGUCUACUGGGUCCUAAAGAGUCAGAACAGCAGAGUCUGCUGGGUCCUAAAGAGUCAGAGCACCAGAGUCUACUGGGUCCUAAAGAGUCAGAACAGCAGAGUCUGCUGGGUCCUAAAGAGUCAGAACACCAGAGUCUGCUGGGUCCUAAAGAGUCAGAACACCAGAGUCUGCUGGGUCCUAAAGAGUCAGAACACCAGAGUCUGCUGGGUCCUAAAGAGUCAGAACACCAGAGUCUGCUGGGUCCUAAAGAGUCAGACACCAGAGUCUACUGGGUCCUAAAGAGUCAGAACACCAGAGUCUGCUGGGUCCUAAAGAGUCAGAACACCAGAGUCUGCUGGGUCCUAAAGAGUCAGAACGCCAGAGUCUGCUGGGUCCUAAAGAGUCAGAACACCAGAGUCUGCUGGGUCCUAAAGAGUCAGAACACCAGAGUCUGCUGGGUCCUAAAGAGUCAGAACACCAGAGUCUGCUGGGUCCUAAAGAAGUCUGCUGGGUCCUAA